AUGCAGAAAUUCAUUCUUUUCGCUGCUCUUCUCGGAGUUUCCUCUGCUUUCCUUCUCGGAGGAGGAGGUGGAUGUGGAUGUGCUCCACCAGCUGCCCCACCAAGCCCAUGCGGAUGCGGAGGAGGACUUCCACCUCUCCAACUUCCACCCCUUGCCAUGCCACCUCUCCCAAGCUUCGGAGGAUGUGGAUGUGCCCCACCAGCUGCCCCACCUAGCCCAUGCGGAUGCGGAGGAGGACUCCCACCAAUCCAAGCUCCACCAAGCGGAUACGUUGUUGCCCCACCACUCCAAGCUCCACCACUCCAAGCUCCAACCUACGCUUCCCCACCAGUUGGAGCUCCACCAGUCUACGCUGCCCCACCACCAGCUGGAGCUCCACCAACUGGAUACGCCACCACCUAUGGCCGCAAGUGA